GGUAAUCUUGCUUUCAAAUGCUCAUUCUUACAAGAUGAGUGUCUCAAGAGAUUACAAGAAGCAGCAAAGGCUUCAACAGAGAGGCUGCAAGGCCUUGUGCUGCAGCUGCAGGCUUAGUGUCUCGUCUUCGGAGGAAGCAGAAAGCUCGAACUCCGAAAGGUUCGCGUCAAUAUCAAGCCUAGCACAUGCCAUGGUUCAAGAAAGACUAGACCAGAUGAUUAGAGAAAAGCAGGAGAUCACAAGGCAUAGUACACAGCAGGAGAGGCAGCAAAGGAAUAGUCAAGCUGGGACUAAGUUUAUAGUAAUGGUAGCAAUGGAGAAGAGCUCUUUUGAUCCCAGAGAGGAUUUUAGGGAGUCCAUGGUUGAGAUGAUCAUGGCAAAUCGAAUCGAACAGCCUAAGGAUCUCCGUAGUCUCUUGAAUUAUUAUAUUUCAAUGAAUUCUGUAGAGUAUCAUAGGACUAUACUAGAGGUUUUCCAUGAGGUUUGCUCUAAUUUAUUCUUGUGAAUGCAAAUGCUUUCGGGUGAAGGAUGUCAAAAUCCUUAUAGAAUGCCA